AUGCCCCUUAAAUUAACACCAGAUGAACAAAUAUCAUUUGAUAAAGCGGAAACUUGUCAUAUUUGUAAAAAAGAAUUACUCACUGAUAAAGUUAGAGAUCAUUGUCAUUUUACUGGUCAAUACCGUGGAGCUGCUCAUAACAGUUGUAAUCUCCAGUGUAGGAAGCCAAUGAUUAUACCAGUUAUAUUUCAAGAGUAUGAUGCACAUUUGUUUAUAAAACAACUUGCUUGUUUACCAGGUGAGUUAAACUGUAUUCCAUCGACAGAGGAAAAAUAUAUUAGGCUUCCUAAAAAGAUUAAGGUUGAUGAGUAUAAAUCUCGACGCACUGGAGAAACAGUAUCAUUGUAUUUUGAAAUACGAUUUAUUGACUCAUUCAAGUUUCUUCAGACGAGUCUUGCUAAUCUUGUUGGUAAUUUACAACCAGAUGAUUUUCAUAAUGCAAAAGAAAUAUUCUGGGAAAAUGUAGAGUUAUUAACUCGUAAAGGAGUUUUUCCAUAUGAUUAUGUUUCCUCAAUGGAAAAGGUAUCUCAAACACAAUUACCUCCAAAAGAAGAAUUCUAUUCAAAACUAAAUGAUGAAGACAUAACUGAUGAUGAUUAUCAACAUGCACUUAAUGUUUGGAGCACUUUUAAUUGUAUGUAAGACUAUUCGUAAUUAUCACGAUCUUGACCCUAAGUCUGAUGUUCUACUUCUGGCAGAUGUAUUUGAGAACUUUCGAGCAACUUGUCUCCACCAUUACAAUCUGGAUCCAGCACAUUACUAUACAUCUCCUGGACUAGCCUGGGAUGCAUGUCUCAAAGAAACAGGUCAAGAAUUACAACUGUUGCAUGACUAUGAUAUGCUGAUGAUGUUUGAAAAAGGUACUCGUGGAGGAAUAUCACACAUAUCAAAGAGAUAUGCAGAGGCGAAUAACAAAUAUAUGGAUAAUUACGACUCUAGUAAACCAACUACUUAUAUUCAAUACCUUGAUGCAAACAACCUUUAUGGUUGA